AUGGCCUUUCGAUUAAAGUGGGGUAUCAUGGCCACUGGCGGGAUCGCCAAAUCAUUUGCUCAAGACUUGCUCAUGGAUCCGACAAAGCGAGGGGCGAAUGAUGUGCAACAUGUCAUCGCCGCGAUAGCGUCCUCUUCAUCUCAGUCAAGUGCUGAAAGGUUUGCAAAGGAUAUAGGCGCCCCGGAAGCGACUAGGACCUAUGGCUCGUAUAAAGAGUUGGUUGCGGAUGCAGAUGUCGAGAUUAUAUACAUCGCGACGCCCCAAUCGAGGCACUACAAGGAUGUGAUUCUAUGUCUAAAUGCUGGUAAACACGUUCUUUGCGAGAAACCGUUCACCAUCAAUAGCAGACAAGCAGAACACCUGGUAGCGCUGUCCCAAUCCAAGGGACUGUUCUUGAUGGAGGCGGCAUGGACGCGAUUCUUCCCUCGUACAAAAGAAAUUUUAUCUCUCCUACACAAAGAAAAGGAGAUAGGAACAAUCAAACGCGUCAUCGCCGACUUUUCUCUCCAAGUCCGCGAUCCAGGGUCACGCCUCCAUAACCCGGACCUCGGAGGCGGCGCACUACUCGACCUCGGAUUCUAUUCUCUCCUUUGGGCCUUUAUGGUUCUCCAAAAGCAUCCAGAUAAUGAAAACGCAAUGCCCAAGGUCACUGCCUCUGUCGUCAAAACCGAUCGAGGAGUGGACGAAUUUACGAGCAUGACGUUGGUCUAUGAGCGCCUGAACGCCGUUGCGCACCUUUCGACCAGCAUUUCUGCUCGGACGCCGAAAUAUAGUGUGGUUAUACAAGGUGACAACGGUGAGAUCAUGAUAUCAGGACCUCCACCACGUCCACGAGAGUAUGUCAUACAUGCGCACGAUGGGGAGCGGUCGAUUACAGUCGACCUUGUUGGAAACGAUCUAGGAUGGGAAGCGGACGCCUGUGCGCGAGCACUUCGUGACGGCAAGCGCGGAUGUGAAGAGUCCCCAUUGCAGGAUACACUGGCCAUGCUAAGGAUCAUGGAUGAUAUCCGCAGGCAAGGCGAUUUUGUAUUCCCUGCGCCAUUGGAAGAGGUAGAAGUGUAG